CGCGCGAGCGGGUGUCGCCACGAGAGCGAGUGACGAGCGAGCCGCCGGCCGGUUAUGGACGUUGCAUGAGCGGCCGCGACCGCUGGAGCCGACGGGACCGCUGGAGCGCGCGCCGUGGGUCCCGGGCGGCGCGGGCAUGCGCUUCGAGGGCACUGAGCGGCGCGACGCCGUCGCGUUCCACCCGCUGCUGGUGCCGCGACCGAGCGACUUCUCGGUAUCGGCGCUGCUGACUGCGGGCGCGCUGCCGCCGCCGCCGUACCUGCCGGCAGCCCUGGCCGCCGCCGCCGCGCUGUCCGCGCCCUGCCCGCUGCUUAAACCGCCGCCUCCGCCUUACGCGCCUCUGCCACCGGACGACGACGGCGUCGUCGACGACCCGAAGGUGACGCUCGAGGGCAAGGACCUCUGGGAGAAGUUCCACAAGCUGGGCACCGAGAUGGUGAUCACCAAGAGUGGCAGACAAAUGUUCCCUCAAAUGAAGUUCCGCGUAUCCGGAUUGGACGCGAAGGCCAAAUACAUCCUCCUGUUGGACAUCGUCGCCGCUGACGACUACAGAUAUAAGUUCCACAACAGCCGGUGGAUGGUGGCCGGCAAAGCUGACCCUGAGAUGCCGAAGAGGAUGUACAUCCACCCUGACUCGCCAUCGACAGGCGAACAGUGGAUGCAGAAGGUGGUCUCCUUCCACAAGCUGAAGCUGACCAACAACAUUAGUGACAAACACGGAUUCGAGCUCAUCUAUAACCAAAGCCAACGGAUGUUGUCAAAACUGCUGUGGCCCAACCCAGCCCCUAGUGCGCCCAGAGACCCCCACUCAGACCAUUUGACGAUCCUGAACUCGAUGCACAAGUACCAGCCGCGGUUCCACCUGGUGCGAGCCAACGAUAUCCUCAAGCUGCCCUACUCCACCUUCAGAACGUACGUCUUCAAGGAGACAGAGUUCAUCGCAGUCACGGCGUAUCAGAAUGAGAAGAUAACACAGCUGAAGAUCGACAACAAUCCUUUCGCGAAAGGAUUCAGAGACACCGGCGCGGGAAAGAGAGAGAAAAAUCUGUCCGUGUACCGCAGGCAGGCGCUGCUGACGGCGCGCUCCGAGCCGAGAGACGAAGACGAUGAGCGGCCUCUUGACGUUGGAGGCCCCUCGAGUCCGCCGGCGCCUAGCAGCACACAACACACCAGCACUUCCUGGUUCAGUUCGACAGCGGGCGACUCCGGCGCCGAAGAAGUCAACGAGGCCGGCUCGGACUCCUCGUGCUCCGGCGGCGCGCGUGCCUCUUCCCCUCCCGCGGGCCUCCGCCCCUCGCCCGCGCCCGACGUCUCCCUCGGCCCCCCGGUGCAGCCCCCCCUUCUCCCCUACCUGUACCCCCCCUCGCUGUACCCGCCGCCGUUCUUCCCGCCGCACCAGAUGCCGCCGGGGCUGCUGUUUAACCUGCAUCCGCUGCUGCAGCAGUAUUCGCUACCGCCGCCGCCCGCAUUGCCUGCGCCUCCGAUAGGGAAGACGCACAGGUUCGCACCAUAUGCUCUACCCGGCCUGGGCUCCGCGUUCGAGCAAGUCGCCCCCCGCGCCCGCAGCCUCAGCUCCUCCCCCGCGCGGCCGCGGGUCGGCUCCCCCCCCGCGCGAGCGGCCUCCGCCGACCCCCCGCCUGAUGCCCCCACGGCCACGGCCACCGGCACGCCGUCUGACCUGAAGAGCAUCGAGAGAAUGGUCAACGGCUUGGACGUGGAGACGCAGGACUGACUCGGGAGAGCGUUGUAAAUAUCGUGUAUUUAUAUCGAUGUGGCUACGCCUGGUGCGUUAUUCGCGUUUUCGAGGCUUUCACUCUGUCCAUUUCCGAAAACUUUGUGUAACUCAUUUAUAUAAUGUGCAAACAUGACAGUACAUGAUUUUAAGGAAAGCUAUAAGUCUCACUCCCACUGCAAAUGGCAUGGUGGAGAGGUUAAACAGUUGUGUUAAAACUUUUAUAUUAUUAAAUACAGUUUGCCAAAACGUAAUUCACGUUCUUUAUGCGAUGAAGAUGCCAAUAGAUGCAGCCAGGCGUGGCUUUUUUGUAUCGUUCCUAUUUUUUUCUGUCGAGUUCUAUUCGGGUCGAUAUUCGUAUACUGAAUGUAAAUAGUUAAGUUAGGUCGUUAGGUUGUUAGACACCUGUAAGGCAGUUCAACGUGAACUGUGACGUCAGAAAGUGUUGACGGCCCGUUCACAUUGCGUUUCAUAGACUCCUAUAUAACAUAUUGUAACUUUCUAUCCCAUCUUUAAGAUUCCGUACACAAAAAAAAUCUUAGAAACGAAAUUUUUGCCGAAAUUCAUUUAAAAAACAUGUUUCGGAUUAUAUGGUAUUGGAGUUGUAAAUAAGUAAUGACCAGAGAUUGGAUUUUUGUGCGUCAUCUCAUACUAAAAGUCAUUAAAAUGACGUGAGUCACUAAGGAUGUCGCAAAUCUGUCCGAUUUCUGGUAAUGACAUAACUUCAUUUUUUUUAUUUUUGGAUUCACUGAACCGGAGUUAUGCUGUAAGAUUAACGUAAAGUUGUCAAGUCAAAUGUUGCAGUCUAAUAGGACUCUACGAAGCGCAUGAUAUUAUUUAUGUUUCAUUACCUUAGAGUCGACAAUUUUUGGUGAAAAAAUAUUAUUUUACACGUUUUUGCUGCUUUGAUGCUUUUUCUGUCGCGUCAAGAAAUACAAUGUUAUUUACUGUUUUCCUCUUUUUCUGUUACUCUCAGUAAAGUAAACGCAGCGUUUUUUUUUAUGAAAAGUUUAAUUUUGUAGCGUCCAAUUUAUAAACAAUGUAAUUCAGAAUGUUGCCAAUACUUGUAAAAUAUUUUUUUUUCUUCAGAAAUGUCGACUUUAUCCAUAACAUUAACAUCGAACACUACACGUAGGUUACGCCACACAAUAGUAAUCACUAAUAGUUUUCCACCGGAGUAGCAAUAGGCUUAAUAUAGAAACCUUUCGAGUUGAAUCAUCUGCAGUUGUGACAUAAUACUUUAAGUUUUAUUUUUUUUAUCAAGAGAAACAAAUAUCGUGAUGAUGAUUUUUUUAUUGUGGAAAAUAAAAAAAUCAUCAAAACAUCAAAACGAGAGCAGGGAUAAUUCAUAUAAUUAUAUUAUAUGCAGCAGUUUUCUUCUGCUAUCGCUACCGUAAGCGUUGUACUAAUAUAAUAUAUUUUAAGCAACUUUUUUAGUUUGCGUCAAAAAAGGGAGAAAAUGUACUUUUUCCCUAAUUUAUUAGUGACUAAAAUCUAGUGUUGUGCCAAGCUGUCUAACCUAACCUUCUGUCACUGAAUUUAGCAUUCUUUUGGCAGGAUCUAUUUUUCUAUUGAACUUUUGAGAUACUUUAUCCCAUAGGUAUCAAACAAAAAGCUUCUAAUUGGCUUUAAUUUGUUGACUACAAUUAGCGCUAUUAGAAUAAAUGAAAUGUGCAAUUCUACAAAAUUGUGUUUUGUGCUACAACUGCAUUGAAUCAAUUCGCUCAUCAAAUCAUUUAACUCACCCUAUAGAAUAAUAUUAAAUACAUCGCUUUAUUUUGUAAAUACAAUUUGUAAGGUAUAUAUUAUGCGUGUUUACUAAUAGACAUAUUUUGAAAAUAUGUUUGUCAAUUGUGCUGUGAGAUUAGCGGGCGUUUAAUUGUUGCUAAUAACAAAAAAAAACAAAUAUCAAUGAAACUUAUUUUCGAAAAUAAUAUGUAAUUGUCUUGUUAUACGAGUAAAUGAUAAUGGUCAGAAAUCUGCAAAGUUUGGAUGUAAGUAAUAUUUAUUUAAUUGUUGUCUCCAUUAUUUUAGCAAUUUUAAUUUUGACGUGAAUUAUUUUUUUCCUGCCCAACAAUUGAACGCGCGCGAAAAACGAUUGAUAAAAUCUAAUUUUAAGUUAAAAAAGUUUGUAAUAUAUAGUUGAUAACUAUUGUAGUUAAAAAUACAAAAUAUAUUAUCUAUAAAAUGAAAAUAAUUUUCCAUGGAAUUCAUUAAAUUUAAGCAUUAAGAGUUUAUUUCGAUUUUUUGUAAUAAGUACUUACAGUGUUUUACAAAAUAAAUGACUGUUCAGUGUUAUCCCGUUGUGCGUGUUACGUCACGACUUUGUAAGCCAAUCAGAGCGCAGCAGAUGAUUGUUGACCAAUCAGAGAAGAGUAUUCGCAGCUCACUUCGCUCCGCUCAUUUAUUUUGUAUAACACUCUCUGUAAAUUAUAACCAGAGAUUUGACAUGCAAUACAUUCGUUAUUUUGCCAUUUUUACAAGCUUACGGCGAGGUCUGUGAGCAGUUUGUAAGUACAGCUGUAAUUGAGAAAUUAUUCAUUAAAAUAUAAUAGAUAAAUCUAUUGACAAAAUA